UUGACCUCGACUUAUCACAUUCCUUUUCGACCUUCAUUUUCAGCAUCAUAUCAUAGAGCAUCGUAAACUUGCCAGGCGCGAGAAUAUACCAACCCUUUGGUUUCUUCACAUUUAUUUCCUGUACAUACCAUUUUCAAACACAUACCACUCCGAGUCAACAUGUCGUUCACGAAGAUUAUCGGUGGCGCAUUGGCCCUCGGAGCCGCGGCACAGGCUGCCUACACGAUUCAGGAUUCUUACGACACGACUAACUUCUUCGAUGGCUUCGACUUCUUCAACGAGCCUGACCCGACCAACGGUUUCGUCAACUACGUAUCGGCGUCUGAGGCCAACGCCCUGUCGCUCGCCGGCUACGCCAACGGCGGCAUCUACCUAGGCGUUGAUGCUAACACCACCAACCCUCCCAACGGCCGCUCAUCUGUCCGAAUAAGCUCCAAGAAGACUUACAGCCAGGGCCUCAUCAUCGCCGACAUUGCCCACCAGCCGGCUGCUGUGUGCGGAAGUUGGCCUGCCUUCUGGACCGUGGGUCCCAACUGGCCGGCGGGUGGUGAGAUCGACAUCAUUGAGGGAGUGAACAUGGCCACGAACACCACUUACACUCUCCACACUAGCGCCGACUGCACGUUCUCGCAGGGUGACUGCAACGCCCCGGGCACGGGCUCUAACGGCUGUCCAACGUUGAGCAACGAUGUGCAGACCCUCGCUGACGGCUUCAACGCGAUCGGUGGAGGAAUCUUCGCGCUAGAGUGGACGUCUUCGGCCAUCAACAUCUUCUUCUUCCCGCGCACGGGUUCCAUUCCCCAAGACAUCGCAGCGGGCUCGCCGGACCCGAGCACGUGGGGCUCACCACAGACUUCGUUCUCCGGCAGCGGUUGCGACAUCCCGAGCCACUUCACGGACAACCAGAUCGUCUUCGACACCACCUUCUGCGGUGACUGGGCCGGCAAGGUCUGGCCCUACGACCCCAUCUGCAGCACCAAGGCAGCCACCUGCCAGGACUACGUCGCCGCGAACCCGACCGCCUUCAAGGACUCCUACUGGCUCAUCAACUCCGUCAAGGUCUACUCGGACGCUACUAACGGCACCGCGACGACGAGACGACGAUUCCACGCGUAAAUGUAGUCAAAGUCACCCGAUGUAUAUGAUACCCAAGGGGACGCGGGUCCGAUCUUCUAGGCGUAUAUCUCUCUUCUGUGGAGGCUUAGGUUUUGCAGGCGUCGGGGAGGGAAGGAAAGGAAGAAAGAGUUCAUACCCAGAGGCCAUCUCUAGCAAUUCUCCUUCUCCGCUUUUUACUUUGCAUCUGUCGCCAUCUUAUCCUCAAAACGAAACAAGAGGGGGUUUUGAGCGGAAGGCAUGCUUAUCUUGUUAGGGGGAGUGGGGGUGGCGGCGUUUCUGUCGGAUGGAUAGUAAGGGCAGAGAGCAAUGCAAAGGAAAGGGAGGCGGGUAGGCGGCACUAGCAGGUUUUGAUUUUUUCUUCGAUUCGAUUCGAUUCUUACGCUUGUACAUAUUUUCGGUAUUUCUUCCUUCUGCUACUACUGCGCCGGGGCUGCGAUUUCGGGCUCCGGACGCGAGACGAGUUAGGAAAGAGGUCAUGGACAUAAACAAAUGAUAACUACCUAUAUUACAUUUAUAACUUCGUGUGGCUAUU